UAGCGGAGAGGGGACUUGGUGGUAAGAGCCACCCGGCCAGCGAUGGCUUCCCUCAGGCAGGAGCACCUCUACGGGCUGACGUGUGGAAAGAUCAGUAAAAGCAGCCCCAACAGGACAUUUUACCACGUCAAGCUCACCGACAGCGCCAUUCGAGCCCUCGAGGCUUACCAGAACCUGAAGGCUAAUUUACCAAGUGAGCCGUUGAUCAGUUUCAAGGGGAGUCAUGGGUACAUCAAGCUGCCAGCUCCUACAGCAGAGUCGCCCAAUGCUCUUCGCGUCUUCUCCUUCUACCUAUCCAGCGAUUGCAAAGACCAACCACAGGCCAGCUUUGACUGCAUCCAUCAAUAUGUUUCAAGUGACGGCCGUGAACAGCUGGAAGGUCAAGGGGUCAUCCAGGACAAGAUCACCGUGUGCGCCACCGAGGACUCCUACCAGAUGACCCGUGAGAGGAUGUCUCAAGUGGAGAAGGAUAGCUGGAGUCGCUCCGCCAUCGAGAUCAAACCGGGAGUCUCACACCCCAGCAAAAGCAUCAAGUUCCAAAAGAAGCCACCUCUUCCAUCUGCAUCAGACGGCGGCUCUUGCAAACCUCCCGUAACAAGCCGGUGGAGCGGCAGCAUGUCCUCGGUCAACCAGAAGUCCCUCAGGGAGCGCAUCAUUCACCUGCUGGCUCUCAAGCCUUACAGGAAGCCAGAGCUGCUGUUGUGGCUGGAGAGGGAACGUGUCGCGUCCAAGGACAAGGCAGAGCUUGGAGCCAUACUGGAUGAGGUAGCAAAGGUAAACCUCAAAGACAGCAGCUACAUGUUGAGAGACGACUUCUACAAGCAUGUGCGAAGGGACUGGCCCAGCUACAACGAGGAGGAGCGGCAGCUGGUCAGCAAGUUGUUGUCACGGAAGUUACAGCCUCAUGUCAACGGCCAAUCAAAGAACCCCCAAGCCAAUGGAUCAAUACUGAUGACGCCGGAGGACAGAACACUACAUCACAGCAUCGCAAAGAACCCAGUAGUGAAGCGCUCCAUACAUUCUGAUUCCCUACCAGCUUUGGCCACAAAGCGACAAAGACAAAGUGAUCACAGAAUGCAGCAGCAGCCGGCUACCAAUGGACACAUAAACAAUAAGAAAGUGCAUGGUAAUGCACAUCCCUGUUUCCACUCACACAAGACUGAUUUACCGGGGACUCAUAACACAACGGGCAAUUAUGACGGCUCGCCAGGAGGGCAACACUGUUCUCCUCUAACUUACCAAGUGUUGAGUAUCUCUGAUGUGUCCGGCCAACACGGAACCAACGCUAUAAACCACAAUCAACCACGAGUUCAGUUGGACGGGGCUCAGCCGCCGCAACAGCAGCAGCAAAGAAAGAAGAAAUCCAAAAAGCACAAAGAGCGGGAGAGGUUAAAAGACAAGCAGGACAGCGGAUGGUCAGAGAGCAGUCCUGAUCUCAAGCAGAACCAGGACAAACUUGGGAAUUGUGACAUAACAAAUGACAUGGACUCCAAGGAGAAGCCUGAUUAUGCGCUCAUGUAUGUAAGAGUCACAACCUUGGAGCAACGUCAGCAGUACCAGGAGGAUUUCAGCGCCGAGUACAACGAAUACAAAGACCUCCACACCCGAAUAGCCACCAUAACGCACAUGUUUGUUCAGCUUGAGGCCAAAAUCAAGAGCAUGUCACCCGGCAGUAAAGAACACAAGGUAAUGGGAGAUCAAAUAUUAGAAAAAUACAACAAGUAUCGAAAGAAGUUUCCAGGCUACCAAGAAGAGAAGAAGCGCUGUGAAUAUCUACACCAGAAACUGUCCUUUAUCAAGCAGCUCAUCAUGGACUACGAUGUAACGCGGGCAUCCUCGUAGCGAUUGCUCUCCCUUCCGUGCUAACAGGGAAGACGUGUAACACUCAUGGACAUUAAUCACUUUCAAGAUGAUUUCAAUGAGGCCCCGAACAGGGAUCGUACAAAUAGUCUUACAUUUUUAAGCAGGUUACUUGUAAAGUAAGAAAGACAAACACUGAACAGCAUCAACUUCCAAAUGCACAUGAGAGUGCCGUCCUUUGUGACCCUGCAAGAAAGCCUCGUGGUCCGCUGCUUAGCUAGUGCCUCCUGUUCUCUGCUGUAGCAUUGACUUUUGUGUUAAUUUAUCUUUUAACCAAAGUUGAUUUCCUCUGGUUCAGCAUCAUAUUUAUAUAGUUGUACACACCCUCCAUCUAUCUGAUUGCAGCUGACUUUGAAUUAGAUUUCUUGCUUAAAGCUGCUGCCCCCUGCCCCAAUGCACUUGAUUAUUAAGUAUUUAUUCAGCACAGCCUUUCAGUUUUGACUUAAAUUGGUUGGUGAAUGUUUGACGUUUCUCGCUCAUUCAGUGACGUGACAGAGUAUUUUUCUUGGAACUGCUGAUGUAUUUAUUUUAAGGCAGCCUUCUUCCGUCCUCUAAUGCGGGCCUUUUUGUAGAUUAAGGCAUGGGGGUCACAUGACAUCUUAUCCAAACACAGGGAAAGAAGAGAGGGAGCGGAGUAACCUUUAGCCUUAUGUAACUUACUUAUACACUUCCUGUAAAAGCUGGCAUUUUUUCCACUUUUUUCCCCACUCGCUGUUUUGUAGAAACAGCACGUCCUCGCAAUUUUCCACCUAAAAGGGGUUAGUUUUAGGGCCGUAAAAGAUAGGGCAGCGGCUGUGUAAACGACUACUGCGAUAUUAGGACAUGGGUGUUACAUUUUGAUGCCAAGCUAAUCCCGUUCUGUUCUGUUGAAAUAAAUUGCCACUGUGUGACAAGUUACAUGUACUGUAUAUUGUCAUUUAAGUAUGUGUUUACCAGGUGAAAAUGCACGGAGCCAAAGUCGGAUAUUGUGUCGUUACGUAGUUGCGGAAAUACGACACUUUGCAGGGUUCUUUCUGUGUUAAAGGUGAAGGAGGAUCUUCUGUGAUGUCUCUGACUUUUCACUCUGCGUGAAAGGGUUUUUUAAGAGAGCAAUACAACAAAUUUGUGCGUACCUGAUUUUGUGUGUCAGGGUGUUAUUACACACUCUUGAUAUCCGUAAGACGUCUUUCAUAUCAACUCUGUAUUUCAUCUCGGGCUGUCUUCAUAUAGUCGAAGAUGUGAUUCAGAGGAGUUUGAUUUCACUAUUUACCCCGCAGGGAGGAAGGCAAGUUAAUACCUGCUUUGGCCUGGCAUAUAUCAGGUGUGUUGGAAGGAUACAUCGAUUGCGUUCAUCACCAUGUCGUCUUUAAAUAUUAAUAAAAGACUCUUGUGUCCAGACAAGUAGUUUUUAGAAAGUAAGAGAGUGUUGCUUCCUGGUGUGAUGUCACGUUAUCAGCUAGCUAUGUAUUGAUCGCUCACAUCCCUAACUCUAUAACAGUGGUUCUCAAACUUUUUUCCCCCCAAGAAUCACCUCAGAAAAAAACUUGGCUCUCCAAGCACCACCAUAAUGGCUGACCCCACAUUAAAAUACAGCAGCGUCGUAGGCCUAGGUAUUCAUUAAAACAAGCCAGAAGUUUUAUUUAACAAGUACAUUUUAUAUUUUUGGCUUCGGUAACAUUAAACACAGUUUAAAUAUAGAAAAAUAAAAUACUGUACUUAAAUCAAGUGAUUAUUUGGUGUAACACUAGUGGUAUGCGUACCACAGUUUGAGUAUCACGGCUCUAUAUAAUCUUUUUGUCUGCAAAACAAUAUUUUACUAGUAGUGUUGGGAGGAUGUUUCUAAAUAGGUGACGUGAUUGAGGCUCGUCGGGACGCGCUGCCAUCAGACACGAAGCUCGCCGAGGCCAUGAGGUGUAGCGAUUUUUUUUUGCAAAGGUAACAACCCUUUCAUUUGUUUGCAUACGGAAACGUUAUGAUUUUUCUUUCUCUAUUUAAUCAAGUGUGAUAUGUCCCCUUGAUGCUGCACCUUAUAGAGCCGAAAACCUCCCCGACACCAUGUUUAACGCCACCUUUUUUGAGAUAAAUAAAAAAAGUCGCAAAUUACAUUUUGAUUUUGUUCACUUAACUGAAAGACUACUUUUAAUAUGUAUUAACUUUAGGAAAUUCACUGUAUAACGCAAGUGAUAGAGCACAUCCAGCACGUUACUGACACCUAGUGACCAGUCAGUAUACACAAAUACUUGUCUGUCUAUUUUUAUUAUUUAAAUGCCGUGGAUUCGACUGAUAGUUGUAGAGGGCAAAGUCUAACAAUUCAGUUUUGACUUUGAAAAAAACAGUGGUGGGCCGUCAGGGCCAGCAAGGCCUUCUCUGCUGGCCUAACAUAACCAGAAAUCAUGAUCAUAAUUAAAGAUAAAAUUAAAAAUGUUUACCGUAUUUUUCGGAGUAUAAGACGCACCGGAGUAUAAGUCGCACCUGCCGAAAAUGCAUAAUAAAGAAGAAAAAAAACAUAUAUAAGUCGCACUGGAGCCCGGCCAAACUAUGAAAAAAACUGCGACUUAUAGUCCGAAAAAUACGGUAUUUACUUUCCCUAAAUAUCUACAAGUAUUCAUAUUCUCUUCAUGUCAUAUUAUGCUCCUUCCAGUGGUGUUGUUUCUCGGAUAGAGUUUUUAUUCUUCAGAAUCAACAAUGCGUCUGUGCACUAUAAGUGAACGGGCACAUACAGUUGAUAGAUAAUUGCGAUAGCCAAUUAGAUCACAAGUUGUCAGUAAGGCCUUCUAGCUGGCCUCACGUUGGACGUGACAUUUACGCGUCCUGUGAUUGGAUACUCACUGGUUUGAGCCGCGGCGGUGCUAUGCAGAUCAGCAGAGCCACACCCGUUAGCGGAUGAAUUUAAUGUAAACGAACAGAACACAUACAGUUGAUAGACAGUUGCGAUAGCCAAUCAGAUCACAAGUUGUUGAGAGUAGCCUAUCUAGGUAGCCUGACGUUAACGAGACUGAUUAGAUACUUUAGUAUCCAAUCACAAGUUGCAAUUUACUGAAGCAGGAAGUGUUGCACCGUAGCCGAGCAGAGAAAUCACCAAUACUCACUUUUUUAACCCACAAAGAAGGAGAACAAAACGUUGAUUAGGUGGCAGAUAUAUAUUUGCAAGGCCAUUUUCAAGAAGGAUAUUUAAAGAGAAACUACAUCUUGUGAAACAACAUCAGCCAACCCCGGAAGCUAGCUCAGCUGUCCCGGUGUUGAAAUGGGGAAAUGCCCGCCAUUUCCACUCGAAUCAACCGACUACGAGUGGUACCAUUGGCUUAUACUGCGUUGAAUGGGUGCUACAAAUUGUGAGUUUUGACACUACCACAUAAGUUAUCUUUUAAUAGCUGAUCCGGGUUUAUUGAUUUUUAAAUGCGCCAGAAAAUAGCCCGUUUUGUACACUAUUGAGGUGGUUCAAUGACCAGUAGUGCGUAAAUGUGUUUCUGUAUAGUAUUUCUCCAGCAAUGGUGAUAUAAAUGAUGGUAUUUUGAGAGGUAAUCAUUGAAGUCUGACACCACUGAAGGCCUAGGUGGGAAACGUAUGGCCCGCCACUGGAAAAAACAUAGUUGAAGACAGCCCUAAUUUGAACACAGCAUUCGAUGGGAGGGUGUGGUGUAUAAAUACUUGACAGAGCCACAAUAGCUUAUACACCACGGGAGAGGAGAGGUUUGUACCCGCCUCUGUUACGGCUCUGACGCUACCUCCAAAAGUGGAAAAUUGCCCUGAUCGUUGUUGCCUUUUUUACAAAACGGCGACAUGAAAAAAAAAUGCCAGUUUUUCUCUCAUUCACAUUUCAGAAGAAUUCCAGAAUGACCCAUUGGAUCUUUUUAGAUGGUACUGUCUGUGAGUGACGUUCUUUUAUAUAUUGUCAUAUAUUUGAGUCCGAUAGAGACAAAAAAGGGGGUUGCAAUGUAUCAGGUAGUGAUGGUUGAGUCAUGGAAUAAUGAAGCCAUAUUGGUUAAUUAAAUCAAAGCAUAUGCAUUUGCUUUACAUAUUGCAGUACUGUUUUUUUCACUGUCUUCCAGUAAUUGAUCAGAACCCUUUGUAAUAUUUUCACUCUUAUCCUGGUUGUUUUUGCACUUAAUUUGGAAUUUGGAAGAAGGGCCAAACACCAGCAAUAAGACUUUGUUGUGUUAUAUUUAAGUUAAGUUUAAGCUUUCUCGUGCAUGAAUUGAUAUAAUUCUAAUGUUAAUACAUGAAAAUUGUCUAUAUUUAAUGUGUGUACCCUACAGUCACACUUUCAAAAUUGGAAAACAAACGUUACAAAAAUUGCAUUUUACUGAAGAUAACUCGCAUCUAGCUUUUAUUGAAGAAUAACCUGACAAAUGAUUUAAUCUAUUACUGGAAGUGUUAUUGUAAAAAGAGUGAAUGAGGUUUCACAAUGUGCACUGGACUGAUGAAAUUAUUCAUAAUGAAUUUCAUUUAUAAUAUAUGUAUAAACAGUUCCUGUCUUUUGAAAAUGUGAAUAUUUUACCAUACGGAAUAAUAUGAAUA